AUGGAGGGCAGUCUCCAAUCAGAGGAAUCCGCCAACAAGCUGGCAGAGUUGUCAGGUAUCGUGCCGCCCGAAAUGGACUACCAGCAGCUGAUUGACGUCGGGUUGAGCGAGGACUUCGCCAGCUUCGAGCGCCGGCUCGUGGCUGCUGCGCAGGCCAUGGGCUUUCCGAUCAUCUCGGGGGUCCUGAUGCGCGGCGUGCUGCAGGAUGCCGACGUGCAGAUCACGUCGGUCGGCAACACGCCGGAAGGCUAUGUGGCCGUGGCCAAGGACCUGGGCGAAACGCGCAAGGACCCGGUCAUGGUCAAGCUCAUGACGCAGGCCGUGCCCAUCGUCUACGACCAGAAGACCUACAUCGCCGCCGGUGCUGGCGACAUCUGGGAGGCGCAGGCCGCCUUCGGCUUCAAGACAGGCAUUGCGGUGAAGUUGCACCUUCCGGGCGACAAGCAUUUCCUGCUGGGCGUGGACCGGGAAGAUCCGCUGCCCGAACCCGGUGGCCAGCUGAUGCAGAUGGUGGCGGGCCUGCAACUGCUGGCCGCUCAUGCACUGACCGCCGCGGACCGGCUGCUCGGCCCCCGCCUGAGCAAAGGAGACCUGCCCAAGCUCACGCGCCGCGAGCUGGACGUGCUGAGCUGGACGGCGCAGGGCAAGACGGCGUGGGAGGUCAGCGUCAUCCUCGGCAUGAGCGAGAAGACGGUGAACUUCCAUCUCGGCAACGCGAUGCGCAAGCUGCAGGUGAGCUCCAAGCACCAGGCGGUGCUGAAGUGCGUCGCGGCAGGGGUUUUCUAG